AGGCUGGGGUCCGGAGGCGGGUGAUAAGCUUUCGAGAUAAGCUUGCAUCUGCAACUCCUUAUAAUGCUGGGAGGGGCUGCUUAAAAUUUUAGCCUAUGUGCUACUUCUAAAUAGCUUAUACUAAAUGUUAACUAUUACCUAUGUUAUGUUUAUUAUUUUAAGCUUUAUUAUUACUAUUUUAUUUAUUUUAUUUUCCUUCCACACACCCGUUUCCACCCUGGAGAGACCAGAUGAGCCAGAUUCCAGGGAGGCCUAGAAGUGGGCAAGGGGAAACGGGAAAGGAGGAAGAUGAUAUGGGUGCGUCUGGUUAGGGGUGGGAGUGCUGGACGGAGUUCGGGACAAGAGGGGCUCUGCAGCCAUUGGCACACAAUGCCUGGUAGUCCCUGCUGGUGCUGGGAUCAUCCCAGUGAGCCCUGGGAGGGAACUGAAGACCCCCAAUUACCAAUGCAUCUGUUUUCAAAACUGACGGGGGGAAGGGCAUGCCUAGGUUCAAGGAUAUGUGCAGGCUUGGAUGACUCCGGGCCAUUAGGGAGCCUCUGUUGCACCUUGAUCCUCAGACGGGCCUGAUGAGACGAGCUUCUGAUUCAGCAGGCCUGGGUUCGGCCCCGAGAACCAGCGUCUCCCGCGAGUUCCCGGGAGGCAGCUGCUGCAGGAGCGGGGCCAGGAGCUAGGUUUCGUUUCUGCGCCCGGAGCCGCCCUCAGCACAGGGUCUGUGAGUUUCAUUUCUUCGCGGCGCGGGGCGGGGCUGGGCGCGGGGUAAAAGCGGCGGAACGAGAGCGGAGGCCGCACUUCCGCACUGCGCGGGGACCGGUGAGUGUCGCUUCUGGGGCCAGUGCCCAGUAACCGCGCUAGGAGCGCGGAGAAGGGCAUUGGGAGAGCGGCGUUCGUGGCGGAGACUAGCGCUCCGGAGCACGGGCACGGCGGGGGCACCUUCUCGACUGCUACCUUGGACCGCAGUUGCCGGCCAGGAAUCCCAGUUUCGCGGUGGACACGCCUCCCACUGCCUCCCUCGCGCCCUUGCCGCCCACCUGCUCACCCAGCUCAGGGGCUUUGGAAUUCCGUGGUCACACUGCUGGGAGAUCGGUUCUGGGUCUGAAGGCUGCAGGAAAACUCCCCUUCCCUGAAAUCUGGAGUGGAGAACGCCGCCAUCCAGCCACCAUUCCAAGGAGGUGCAGGAGAACAACUCUGUGAUACCAUUUAACUUGUUGACGUUACUUUUAUUUGAAGGAACGUAUAUUGGAGCUUACUUUGCAAAGAAGGAAGAUGGUUCUUUCCGAAGUGGACAUCGCAAAAGCUGAUCCAGCUGCUGCAUCCCACCCUCUAUUACUGAAUGGAGAUGAUAACGUGGCCCAGAAAAAUCCGCGCUUGGUGGCUGAGAACAACCUGUGCAGCCAGUACGAGGAGAAGGUGCGCCCCUGCAUCGACCUCAUUGACUCCCUGCGGGCUCUGGGUGUGGAGCAGGACCUGGCCCUGCCAGCCAUCGCCGUCAUCGGGGACCAGAGCUCGGGCAAGAGCUCCGUGUUGGAGGCACUGUCAGGAGUUGCCCUACCCAGAGGCAGCGGGAUCGUGACCAGAUGCCCGCUGGUGCUGAAACUGAAGAAACUUGUGAACGAAGAUAAGUGGAGAGGCAAGGUCAGUUACCAGGACUACGAGAUUGAGAUUUCGGAUGCUUCAGAGGUAGAAAAGGAAAUUAAUAAAGCCCAGAAUACCAUUGCCGGGGAAGGAAUGGGAAUCAGUCAUGAGCUAAUCACCCUGGAGAUCAGCUCCCAAGAUGUCCCGGAUCUGACUCUAAUAGACCUCCCUGGGAUAACCAGAGUGGCUGUGGGCAAUCAGCCUGCUGACAUUGGGUAUAAGAUCAAGACACUCAUCAAGAAGUACAUCCAGAGGCAGGAGACGAUCAGCCUGGUGGUGGUCCCCAGUAAUGUGGACAUCGCCACCACAGAGGCUCUGAGCAUGGCCCAGGAGGUGGACCCCGAGGGAGACAGGACCAUCGGAAUCUUGACGAAGCCUGACCUGGUGGACAAAGGAACUGAAGACAAGGUUGUGGAUGUGGUGCGGAACCUCGUGUUCCACCUGAAGAAGGGCUACAUGAUCGUCAAGUGCCGGGGCCAGCAGGAGAUCCAGGACCAGCUAAGCCUGUCCGAAGCCCUGCAGAGAGAGAAGGUCUUCUUUGAGGACCACCCAUAUUUCAGGGAUCUGCUGGAGGAAGGAAAGGCCACGGUUCCCUGCCUGGCAGAAAAACUUACCAGCGAGCUCAUCACACACAUCUGUAAAUCUCUGCCCCUGUUAGAAGGUCAAAUCAAGGAGAGUCACCAGACAAUAACAGAGGAGCUACAAAAGUAUGGUGUCGACAUCCCGGAAGAUGAAAAUGAAAAAAUGUUCUUCCUGAUAGAUAAAAUUAAUGCCUUUAAUCAGGACAUCACCGCUCUCAUACAAGGAGAGGAAACUGUAGGAGAGGAAGACAUUCGGCUGUUUACCAGACUCCGACACGAGUUCCACAAAUGGAGUACAAUAAUUGAAAACAAUUUUCAAGAAGGCCAUAAAAUUUUGAGUAGAAAAAUCCAGAAAUUUGAAAAUCAGUAUCGUGGUAGAGAGCUGCCAGGCUUUGUGAAUUUCAGGACAUUUGAGACAAUCGUGAAACAGCAAAUCAAGGCGCUGGAAGAGCCGGCUGUGGAUAUGCUACACACCGUGACGGAUAUGGUCCGGCUUGCUUUCACAGAUGUUUCGAUAAAAAAUUUUGAAGAAUUUUUUAACCUCCACAGAACCGCCAAGUCCAAAAUUGAAGACAUUAGAGCAGAACAAGAGAGAGAAGGUGAGAAGCUGAUCCGCCUCCACUUCCAGAUGGAGCAGAUUGUCUACUGCCAGGACCAGGUAUAUAGGGGUGCGUUGCAGAAGGUCAGAGAGAAGGAGAUGGAAGAAGAAAAGAAGAAGAAACCCUGGGAUUUGGGGGUUUUCCAGUCCAGCUCGACAACAGACGCUUCCAUGGAGGAGCUCUUUCAGCACCUGAUGGCCUAUCACCAGGAGGCCAGCAAGCGCAUCUCCAGCCACAUCCCUUUGAUCAUCCAGUUCUUCAUGCUCCAGACGUACGGCCAGCAGCUUCAGAAGGCCAUGCUGCAGCUCCUGCAGGACAAGGACACCUACAGCUGGCUUCUGAAGGAGCGGAGCGACACCAGCGACAAGCGGAAGUUCCUGAAGGAGCGGCUUGCACGGCUGACGCAGGCUCGGCGCCGGCUCGCCCAGUUCCCCGGUUAACCACGCUCUCUGUCCAGCCCCGUAGAUGUGCACUCACACCGUCUGCCCCCAUUCCCGGGUAGCCACUGGACAGACUACUUGAGUGCUCAGUAGUCAGACUUGCUAGUCAGUCUCUGCUUAUCCAUUAGCCAUGGCGAUUUAGCAAGAAGCUGUGAGAGCAGUUUGGUUUCCGGCAUGAAGACAGCCCCACCCUCAGAUGCACACGAGCUGGCGGGGAUGAAGGAUGCUGGCUUCGUACUGGGAAAGGGAUUUUCAGCCCUCAGAAUCGCUCCACCUUACAGCUCUCCCCUUCUCUGUGUUCUUAGAAACUGACACGUGCUGAGCAUCACAGCUUAUUUCUUGGUUUUUAUAAUGUCCCUUCACAAACCCAGUGUUUCAGGAGCAUGAGUGUCAUGUGUGUGAGUCCUGUUGGAGCCCUGUCUCCUCUGUUUGUAAUAAACUCAUUUCUAGCAGACA